UUUAGACAAGCAGAUUUCGGAAGUCGUUCACGGACUACUAAAUACGUUUUUUUUAUCGGUUAUUCUUCUAACGUUAUCCGCGACGUGACACCUCGCGAUGCCGCGCCGCGAAAAUACGUUUCGCGUUGACUAUUCGCAGUUUCCGAAGUUACUCUCCCAUGAAGAGAUCCAUAAGUUCAUUGGGAAGGAGCUUGGUCUUACGAGAGAAAAUGUUCUCCAACUCCAGCCCAGCAGACGACUUGGAUGUACCUUCGUUAAGGUCAACGACUUCCAACUUGCCGAGAAGAUAGUGCAACAGCACGACAACAAACACGAUUUCGUAUUUGAUGGAAAGACCUACAAGAUACGAAUUACGAUGGAGGACGGUUCGGUAGAAGUCAAGUUGCUUGAGCUACCCGAGAGCGUCACAAACGACCAGAUUACCGAUUUUCUCGCAGAAUACGGCGAAGUCAUUAGCAUUCGUGACCUACUGUGGGACGACAGAUUCAGCGAAUUUGGUGGUGUAAAAACCGGAGUUCGUGUUGCUCGAAUGAUAGUCACCAAGAAUAUUCCCUCUCUCGUUACAAUCCAGGGCGAAGAAACUGCGUUGAGGUACAAAGGACAACGACAAACUUGCCUACACUGCCAUGAGUUUGUACAUAUAGGCAUUCCAUGUGUACAAAACAAGAAACUGCUGGUACAGAAGCUCGCAGCAGAUCAAUCGUACGCUAGCGUAACGAAAAGUAAACCGUCCGAACCCUUACAGAACAAACAAACGAAUCCAAGUAAACCGACAAAAGGUCCGCGUACAAUCGGACUUAACGAUAUUGCGGGUCAACACCCAAGUCUCCUUGGAGUAAGUGAGAUGCAAACUCCAGUACCCAACAAGAAACACACGAUGCCACCCCCCGCAACACCUGCGACAAUGAAACCCUCCACAUCACAAGCUGUAAUCCAGCUCUCGCCGAUUUCUGUUCCGAACGCGAUCACAUCGCAUCGCAGGCCUGAUGGCAAUGAAACCGAUUGCUCACAAACCUCCCAGACCUCGAAUAACAGCCGACGCUCACGAAGACAACCGCCGGGCAAGAAAAUGCGCCAUUCCGGAGAAGACACCAUCACCGCCGAACAUGAACAUGUGAGAAUUUCUGACGACGAAUGCAUUUAGAAAUGGAUAACGUAAGCUGUAAUAUUGGAACGAUAAAUAUCAACACCAUCACCAACCAAAAUAAGAUUAACGCCCUUCGCACAUUCGUUCGCUCAAUGGAGCUAGAUAUAGUAUUUCUGCAGGAGGUUGAA